UCCCCUGGCCCAGGCUUCAGCGAGCAGAUCCCACAUCAGCCCGGGAUCAGCAUGGCCGUCCGCCUGUGGGUGUUUACCCUGGCCUUGGCUGCCCUCCUUAUUGUGGACAGGGAAGUGCCAAUAUCAGCAGAAAAGCUCGUUUUCUCAAGAAUGCCCGUCUGUGAGCAUAUGGCAGAGACUCCAGACUGUUCCCAGUCAUUCAACCCGGUCUGUGGCACUGAUGGGGUCACAUAUAACAGUGAAUGCCAACUCUGCUUGGCUCGGAUGAAUACCAAACAGGACAUCCAGAUCGUGAAGGAUAGCAAAUGCUGAUCCCACAGGAGCCGCUUAAGCCAUGAAGCUUCAGGCUAGAGAACAAGGGUGGGAGUGGAGACGGUGUGACAUGAAAUAAAAGAUCCAGCCCAACACA